AAUCCUAUGAGGAGCCAAGGGAAAGGGGGGCCCAAUUUGGGGAAAGGUCUGGAAAGGAUCACUCGACGCCGGCAGGGCAAACUGCUGCUUCUCAUUCCAGAAGGAAGCUUACGGCCAGAGACACCUCUUCUGGCUGCAAAGUAUGCAAUCGAAUGCAAUGUCACAGUCAGACACCAUAUGCCCGUGUUUAAGCACUGGAAGGAUUACAAGGACCCAAAUGGAAAUGUCAGAGAUGGGAUCGUCAGGAACUUUGUAGGCAAAGUUGGUAACAUGUUUCAGAUGGCCCUAGAGGCGGUGCCAGUUAGGAAGGCUUGCACAGAAAUGCUGAAACACGCGACUCGCCAACAACGAUAUAGGCUCAAGAAAGAGUAUUUUGAUCCUCAUGCACCCCAUUUGGUGAGGAGAACUUCUCCGGUCCCCUCGAUGACUGAUGACCAGUGGAACGAGCUAGUGGAAAGCUGGAAGGAUCCCAAAAAGACGGGGAUAUCUCAAAUUAACAAAGCUAAUCGAGCUCAAGUUAAGUUCCACCAAACUACUGGAGCGCACAGCUACCCUGUGCACUGUGGAAAUCUGGGAGAAAAAUACAAGGAUGAAGAACCAACAGCAGUGGAUUUGUUCAAGGAGUGCCACUACAGCAAGAAAAAGAAAGGUUACACCAAUGUUGUGCUGGAUGCAAUUACCGAGAUGGAAAAGAAGGUUCCUAAUCCUACAGAAGAUGGUCAGGAAUCGAGCUCUGCAACUGAGGCGGCAACCGAAGCUGUAGCUGAAGUGCUUGCUAAGCACACUAAGAAGCCGAGGUUUCUUCAGCAUGUGGGGAUCCAGCACGUCCAUGCGAGAUCCAGUGCUAUCAACCGUGAACUAGAAUUGGCAGCGCAGAAGAUGAAUGUUGAGCUUCGGGCGUGUGUUGACACCUUGACCAAGAAGUUGAAGGAAUCUGAAGAAGAAAGGGCCAGGCAAGAUGAGGAGUACAGGAAGCGAGACGAGGAGAACAGGAAGAAGCAAGCUGAGAUGGAUGCAAAACUAGACUUAUUGCUAAGUUAGAUGGCAUCAAGAUCAGCUGAAGGGUAAGGUGUUUGUCCAAAAAGCUGCUGGAAGCUAUAUGAAUGUGGGAUAUGCUGGUGGAACCUAGCUUGUUAUUUUGUCAGCCUUUUGUUAUGCAAACUGCAUACUGUUCGAUGCAAACUAGUUGCAUGUUGGUGCUUGAUGGUUAGUGGAUCUUGAGAUGUAGGCUGAAUGCUAUGGUGGAUGUGUCAUGGAGGAGC